AUGUCUUCACCUUGCAUGAAAAAUGGAAAGUGCUCUAAGUACUUUCCCAAGAAAUUUCAGCCUAAAACCGUAGUUGAUCGGGAUGGAUAUCCUGUGUACAGAAGACGAGAGAAUGACAAUACAGUUAUGAAAAAGCAUGUCACUCUUGAUAGUAGACAUGUCAUCCCUUAUAAUGCAUAUUUGUUGGAAAAAAUUCAAGCACACAUCAAUAUGGAGUGUUGUAAUCAAAGCAGUUCAGUGAAGUACUUAUUCAAGUACAUUAAUAAGGGGUGUGAUCGAAUUACCAUUAUUGUUGUCGAAAAUGGUACCGACAGAUCUUCUGUGAUCAGAAAUGUUGACAAAAUCAAGCAGUAUCUUGAUUGUAGGCAUGUCUCACCAAGUGAAGCAUGUUGGAGGCUUUUUUCAUUUCCUAUUCAUGGUAGAUUUCCUGCAGUUGAAAGGUUCUAUUUCCAUCUUGAGGGAUACAAUUGUGUUUACUAUACUGAUUAUGAGAUGAUAAAUGAUGUACUUGAUAUACUAAAUGUGAAACAAUCAAUGUUUACUUCAUGGAUGGAAGCAAACAAGUCAUAUCCAGAGGCAAUUUUUUUUACUUAUUCUCAAUUUAUUUCUAAGUUUGUCUAUGAUAAAAGACACCAAUGUUGGAGACCAUGUAAACAAGGAUAUACAAUUGGGAGACUAAUUUGGGUUUCUCCAAGUACGAGCGAAUUGUAUUACUUGAGAAUGAUGCAUAUAGUCGUUAAGGGGCCAACUUGCUAUAAUGAUAUAAAUGACGUCGGUGGAAAGAUUCUUGAUAGUUUCAGGGAUGCAUGUUUUGAAAUUGGGUUUUUUGAAGAUGAAAAUAUGUUGCAGCUAUAA